AUGUCACCCCUGGAAUGUUCUGAGUGUUUUGGUGACCAACUUCUGCAUAGGACCUACACCUGGCACCUAACAUUGAGGGGUACAGCCGAGCUCUUCCCGAGGCUCCACAACUUGUACCCCACCCCGCGCUGGGCCAGGCAGACCUCCCUGCCCAGGCUGAGCCGCCGGGCGGUCAGCCAGCACUCCUACCUGCCGAACCGCUUCCCCUCCGUGCCCCUGGACCCCAUGGAAAGCCCCACCUCCCAGGCGGACCUGGAGCUGGACUACAACCCUCCCCGCGUGCAGCUCAGCAACGAGACGUUCGUCUUCCAGGACGGGCGGUGGGUGAGUGAGAACUGUCGCCUGCAGUCCCCCUACUUCUCCCCGUCCUCGUCCUUCCACCACAAGCUGCACCACAAGCGGCUGGCCAAGGAGUGCCUGCGGCAGGAGGAGAACAAGUCCCUGCACGCGGAGAACCAGUCCCUGCGCGCGGAGAACCAGUCCCUGCGCGCCGAGAACCACAAGAUCCUGCAGGUCCUAUGGGAGGUGCACCAGGCCGCGCUGGGCCGCGAGGACGGCCGGGCCUCCUCGCCACUGCUGCACAAGGACAACGCCUCGUCCCUGGAGGCGGCGAAGAAGGACCCGGACCUGCAGGUGCACGGCGGCCGGGAGAGCAGCACCCUGCAGCUCCUCCGGGAGGAGAACCGGGCCCUGCAGCAGCUGCUGGAGCAGAGAAAGGCCUACUGGGCCCAGCCGGACGAGAAGGCGGCCUCGACCGAGAUCAAACCGGUCCCCUCGCCCCAUGAGGCGCCCCACGGGCUGCUGCCGGACCAGGGCGUGGGCCUCUCCUCCCCCUUCGAGGAGCCCAAGGGCCCCCAGGCCCCGCAGGAGGACUCCAAGACGCUCCGGACCCUGCACGAGAUGCUCAGCAACCUGUCGGGGCAGCCCAGGGAGGAGGUGGGCAAGGCGGGCCCGGGCCUGCCCGACGGCGGCCAGUCCCUGGAGCUGCUGCGGGAGAUGAGCCAGGCGCUGCAGGCGCUGCAGAAGGAGAACCAGACCCUGCAGGCCCUCCGCGAGGAGAACCGGCUCCUGCAGGAGGAGAACCGGGCGCUGCACGUGCUGCGCGAGGAGCACCGCAUUUUCCAGGAGAGCAAGGCGCUGUGGGAGAACAACAAGCUGAAGCUCCAGCAGAAGCUGGUCAUCGACACGGUGACCGAGGUCACCGCCCGGAUGGAGCUGCUCAUCGAGGAGCUGUACGCCUUCAUCCCGACCAAGAACAAAGACCCCAAGAAGCCCAGCAGGGUCUGA